AAACAUCUUUAUGAUCCCGAAUACGGGCCGCGAAUACGGAAUGCUCGCAGAGAGGAAACGUGAUGAACAGAAGUUUGCAGUUUAUUUCUGUUUUAAGGACAUGCAUUGCAGUGGUUGCUCUCAUGACAUUUGGAAAUGCACUGCAGUGUUUUGUUGAUCCAAGCUUUUUGAAAAAUAGAUUGUACACGAACGUCAAUGAUGAUCGUGGACUUACUAGUCGAAUUGUUGGUAUAUGGACUUUAACGACAGCGAUACUCCGCUUCAGUUGUGCUAUAGACAUAUAUAACAAGCCGAUAUUUGGAUUAACAAUUCUCUCAUUUUUUGCUGGAUUUGUACACUACAUAGCUGAAAUAUUUCACUACAGGACAACAAAUCUGAUCCCAUCAUCGUUGAUACAGAUUAUUGUUUCAGGAAUAUCAGUCAUCGGAUUGUGCUGUGGCUACCUAUUCCUGGAUAAAUCUAAAACAAUUCAGACUAUUGAAGAUAUAGAGGAUUCUAAAAGGACUACAUUUUCAAAGUAUAUGAAACGUAAAAGUAGCUGAUGUUAAAUUUUCCUUUUAUAUUUAGAUACAUUCGCUGGUUUCUCAAUUUUCAACUUUUUUUUACACUUUGGCCAGUAAUUCAUUAAAUAAAGAGUGGAAAAGAUUGAAAAAUAUAUACAUUGAAGCUAUGGCAGAUAAGAGAUUUUAAGUUUAUCAAGGAUAAUUAAUUGACACUUAUCCAUGAAAUAUAAAAGGGUAUCUUCCUGAUUCUCUUGUAAAAGUCUUAUAUUCAUUUGAAGAUCAUUAAAACUCUUUUCUGUACA